UUUUCCACUGCUUUCGUAAAUUGUCCGUCUCCACAGUCCACACUCUUCCCUCCGUCCUCCGCCUUUUCUUUAUUAUUUUUUUUAUAUAUAUUUAAACGUCGCCUCCUCUCUGAUUCUCCCGUCCUUCGUCUCCCAUUCUGUCUUGACUUUGUUUCAGGCAGCUCCCAGCACAGAUUCGUCGGGAAGGAGGCUCGGUCGCGGCGGCUACUCUCAUCACCGGAAAAGAUGGGUUUCUUUUCCUUCUUCGGCCGAGUACUCUUCGCUUCCAUCUUCAUCUUCUCUGCCUGGCAAGAGUUCAAUGAUUAUGGCACUGAUGGAGGGAUUGCAGCAAAGACUUUGGCGCCUAAGCUGCAAGUCUUCUCAAAGCAUGUGGCGGUGCAAACAGGCUUUGAAAUUCCUGAAAUAGAGAUUAAGGCUGCAGUUGCAGCUGCUGUGGCCAUGAAAGGAGUCGGUGGCAUCCUUUUCAUCUUUGGAAGCUCUCUCGGCGCUUAUCUUCUGCUUCUGCACCAGCUCAUUUUCGUUCCCGUAUUGCACGAUUUCUACAACUAUGAUCCAACCAAGCCGGAGUUCAACCCAAUUUUCAUCAAGUUCACUCAGAACUUGGCGCUGUUCGGAGGGUUGCUCUUCUUCGUCGGCAUGAAGAACUCAAUUCCCAGGAGGCAACUGAAGAAGAAGCCUCACAAGAAACAACUAUGAGAAACGCAGGACAUGUUGGGUGUGGGGAGUCUCUCACAACCGCGGAAGUUGUCCUAGUUUUUUUUGUAUGAAUGUAUCAGAAUCUCGACGUUUAGAGGAUAGGCAAAUCCCGAGAGAAGAGAAGGGAAAAUGAGAGAGGAGGAACAUGUAUGUGUUUUAGCUUUGUGCUCAGGAGGUUAUUCGCAAUACGUUUGUUACACUAUUUUGAUAACUCCACCGAUUAACUUUCUUUACAAUUACAACUCGCGCAGAAUUCGAUCUUUGUCUGAAAUCAUAUUGAUUGAAAAUGCGCCAUUUGGUCGUUGAAUGUGGAAUGCGUUAGGGUUAUGGCUAUUUGGGAU